AUGGCUCAGGACGUGUCAUCAGUCACAGUUGAGAGUGCCCGACCGAGAUUAGCCGUAAGACGAACGAGGGAACCACCCAAAAAUGCUACCGGUCAGAUCUAUUGCGACCACCCAGACUGCCAUGACCAUAUCCCAUACUUCAAGAGACCUUGUGAAUGGAACAAGCAUAUGGACAAACAUGACCGCCCAUAUAAAUGCACAAACCCAGAUUGUAACAAAAUGCUAGGCUUCACAUAUUCAGGUGGCCUACUCCGUCAUCAGCGCGAAGUUCAUAAAAUGAACAGUCAAGGGAAAAAGCUGCUGUGUCCUUACCCUGACUGUAAUCGCAGCUCAGGAAAAGGAUUUACCAGACAGGAGAAUCUCAAGGAGCAUCUUCGUCGCCUUCACAGAGGAGGAGACGGCCGAUCUCCCGAUGAUCCUAUUUCUUUGGAAGCCAAUGAACCCGAGAACAGCCCCGUGCUAUUGCCCCUCCAUCCCUCAAAAAGGAAGCGACAUACCAGCGAAUCUUACUCUUCCUCGGAGGAAGAAGGCUCGAAUCCUUUCGAUCUCCGUGAUGAGAUUACUCGCCUUCGGCGAGAAGUUAUCAAGAAAGACUCGAGGCUAGAUGAACUGGAAAAAGAGCUGAAACAGCUUCGACGACUGAUUCAGAACGGUUGA